AUGUUCAAAAGUCGGACGGAGCAUUUACACGCUCUUCUUCAAUCCAAUAACAGCUUCCGAUCUGCACCAACCACCCACACAAACAACAAAUUCAACAAUGAACCUUCCUCCUCCAAUUCCGAUCUCUUUCAACUCGAUCUAUUCAUUGAAAAGCUCUCACUCGAUGCUUCCACACUACAAAACACCACCACACCCAUUGAAAUAUCUCCCUAUCUUCUCAUCAAAGUAAAUGGAACUACUAAAGCAAAAACUCUUGCCAAACGAAACAAUUUAAAACCACAAUUCAAUCAAAAUUUUCCCCUCAUGUUAGAGAAUCCCAAGAAGGACACGAUCACCAUUUGCGUGCAUGAUAAAGAGAGUGGUGGAGAUUUAAUUGCUCAAUGCGUAUUGGAUGAAUUGGAUGCGUACGUGUAUGGAAAAGUGACUUCAUUAGUGGUGGAUUUGGAAUCGGGAGCAAGUCAUGGAAGAAGUGGCAGUUCAAAUGCUUCUCUGGCAUCAUCAUCUUUUAGCAUGUUAUUUCAUGAGGGUGUUUGUGGUUCAUUAUUUGUGGAUGUCAAGCCUUUGAAUUUUGGAAAAACCGAAUCUGAACAGCAACAACAACAGCAACAACAGAACACUCAAACUCAUGGAAAGACGAGUAGUAUUGGUAAUAUUGGUAAAAUUGGUAAUAUGGGUGGUAGUGGUGGUAAAAAGGCAUUGAAUGCUUCUCCUUCUGAGAAACUUCAAACAACAUCAACCAAUCAAGAUGAAAGAAAGAAGAACACAAUUUCAACCAAUGUUGUGCCUUCCUCCUCUCAUUCAGCUGAAAAAGCAAACAAGCCUUCGAAAAACAAACCCACCAAUUUGAAUUGGGAUUUCAUUAAGAAUCAUCAGGAUCAUGGUCAUGGUGAUUCAAAAGCCUCUCUCCACAACAACCUCCACACCACAGAGGAAUCAUCAUCAUUGAUCAAAGAUGGUAGCAAUUCCACAACAAACACAACCAACAACACCACUACUAAUACCACAGAGAAACGAAAAUCUGCAUGGUUUUCCAACAAUGCUGCUCUCCACUCCCCAUCCUCUCUUACACCCACGGCUCAUUCCGAGAGUACCUUCCCUGGCUUUUAUGAUUUUCAAUCGGGUGAUGAAGAAGACUUGAUCGCCUCUUCUUCUUCUUCUUCGUGUCUUAUUCAAAUGGAGGGUGAUAAGGAAUUUGCAAAAACCAAACAACAGUUCAAAUUAUUGUACGUUAUGGCCAUUGAUGUUCAAAUGUUUGGAGAGAGAGUUCGCAAGUUGGAGGAGCUUCUUGAAAAGUGGAAACUUCCAGAGAAUGAUACAGACAAGAUUCGUCUCAAAAUUCAAACGAGUAUUCAACGAGUAGAGAAGAAACGAGAGUUGUUGGAUCAAUUUCUUCCAAAACUUUCGAAAAAAUUACCCAAAGUGACGAAUUGUAAAUUAACCUUAAUGAAGCUCUCAAAAAUUAAGCAACAAUAUUCAGAGAUUGAUCAACACUAUUUGCAAUUGGUGAAAUUACGACAGAGUUUGGAGAGAAAACACAGAAAGAGGAGAAUGGAGCAAAUGAUGGAAUUUGAUGAGUUGAUUGAUCAAGUCAUGUUUCAACCUUCUUCAGAGACGUUGUUGGGUGGUGGUUCAACUGGUGCUGCAGUUGCUUCUGCUGUUUCAAUGCUUCCUCAUCAUGAUGCAUCAGCAGUGGUUUCCUCCAAUCAGCAAGAGAAACAACAGCAACACAAAGACUACAACAAAGACACACCAAAGAAGAAGAAUCAACAACAACCAGCCACCACUACCACUACCACUACCACCUCAACAACAAUGGAAAGCAAUCAUCAUACUUUACAACACUCUGUAAAUACCACAAAUACCACACUUCCAUCUUCAAAUACUAUUGACCGAAAAACACUUCGAAAACAAGAACAAGCCAAACAAAAGAAACAACUCUUUCAAGCAAUUGAGGCUGGUGCCAUGAGCUCUGGAGCCAACCAACCUGACCAUCUCAUCCGAAAAUACGAACAACAUCAAAAGCAACUAGAACAGGCCAAAGAACAAGCUCAACAAAAACAAAUUCAAUUCAUUCUAAGUACAGCCGAUGCAGAGACUAUUGAGAUUGAAAAGAAAAUUGCACAAGAAACGAAACGAGAGUUGGAAAUGGUCGAGAGAGAUUUUGCCGAGCUCCAUGAAAUGUAUGAACAAAUGAAUUUCAUGUUGAAACAACAAGGAGAGGGCCUGAAUAUCAUUGAAAAGAAUAUUCAACAAGCGAAUGAGCAUGUGAAAGAAGGUACAGAAUAUGUGAAGGCUGCAAGUGCCAUGACAGGCACAGGUAUUUUAACAGGAGGAUUUACAAAGGCUGCUGUUUUGAAAAAGUUGCUUUCAUAA